GAAAGCUCCUCAGCUCGGUCACGUGUAAGGUCUCAGCGAGGUCGUUCAAUUGCGCAUGCGUCUUUAGUUUUACCGCGCGGUGACCUGCUCCUGUCAAAGUGAGGAACAUCCAUCAUCUCCGCAGUAAUAUAUUCGGCAAAGCUGAAAGUAAGACUAAAGAAGAAUGAAUCGAGCCUUCUCUCAGACUCUGAUGAGACCCAAUCUCCCUUUGAGGAGACCUGCGACUGGACCGAGUUCACUUGCUCCUAGAAGCCCAGCACCAACUUUUCACGAGCUUGCUCAAGAAAAUCUGCUAGCAAGUGACAUGCUAGAUGGUCCUAUGGGUGAUGCCGUUCGAAAGGAGAAUGUGUUUUCUGCCAAAAAUAGUCUGAAUUGUGGAGACUUUUUGUCUCCCUCCCAGACAGCAGGGUCUAUGGUUGGCCCGCUGGUAAAGCUGUGCAAUUACUGCAGUCACCAGGGAAACUUCAGGUGCAAUCGUUGUAAAAAAACGUACUACUGUUCUGUAGCUUGUCAGACUCAGGAUUGGAAAGCUCACCGACAUCUCUGCAAACCAAGCAUCUCAGAAGUUGCCAGUGAUAAAACUAAGGAAUCCACCGCUAUCCCAAGUGAAAAUGGACUUGGUGGCCUUCAAGCUAAGGAAAUCUGUGUUCAUGUACAGCCAAAGAGAAUGUAUCGACGUGAUUUGCGCAAGAAUGUUGUUUCCAAAGGAUCUGAGAUUCAGGGUACAGUGAUUGAUCUGAGGAACCCUGGGGAAUUCUCCAUUCACCUGCAGUCAGUGGAGAUGAUGGAGUCCCUAAAAAACAUCACCACAGAGCUCCAGAAGGCCUAUAGUGCUUCAUUUGCUGCAGAGUACAAGCCUGAAAUCGGGGAGCUCUGUGCUGUAAAAUUUUCUCUUGAUCGGAACUGGUAUCGAGCUGAGGUUCAGUCAGUCGAUGUGGCCAGCAGAGUUGUUAGUGUGCUUUACAUCGACUUUGGAAAUGAAGAGAAUGUUACACUUGACAACAUAAGGCCUCUCUCCGAGAACAUUGAUGCUGCACCACCAUUUGCUUUGCAGUGUUGUGUUGCUGGGGUAAAGCCUCUGACAGGAAGUUGGACAGGCGAAUGCACUAUUGCUGUUCGGCAGUUAAUUGCUGGAAAGAGUCUGACUUUCACCGUGUUGGAUAUCAUGAAUGAUGGAGCUCUGCUUGCGGUAGAUGUCCCUCUAAGCACUCUUGGUAAAUACAUGAGCAUUUUCCUGAUAGAGCAGGGCUAUGCCAUAAAGGAGGACAUUCUUGUCAAACCACAAAUUGAACAUGACAUCAAUUCAUUGAUGACAGCAUCCUUUGAGAACUUCAAGCGCUUGUCUGGAGGAAAGAAUGAGAACUCCGAAGCCAGGCCUCCAGAGUCGUUGACUCAAGGAGUGGGUGACACAUUCACUGCUAUUGUCACCCACCUCCAGUCUCCCUCAGAGAUCCUCUGUCAGAAGCUUGAAAAUGCGAGUGUAAUCCAGCAGUUGCAGGCAAACUUAAGGGAGCACUGUUCAAAAACUCCAACCAGUGAGAACUUCAGACCUGCACCAGGAACUGUCUGCUGCUCACUAUUCUCUGAGGACAACCAGUGGUAUAGAGCUAAGGUUCUAGCAUAUUCCUCAGAAGAUCGUGUGUGUGUUGGCUACAUAGACUUUGGAAACUCUGAGGAAGUCGAGUUAUAUCGGCUACGACCAAUCAGUAAUGAGUUGCUGGCUUUGGCAACUCAAGCAAUCCCUUGUUCUUUAGCAGGUAUAAAGUCUCCAACAGGCACCUGGCCAGAGGAGGCUGUUUUGAUGGUGAAACGUCUGGUUUGCAACCGCUUCAUACGGGUUGAGAUUCUGGGUAAGAAGGAUGGUAGGGCUCUGGUGUCCAUGAUUGAUGAGUCUAGUGACCCUCAGACCAAUGCCGCUGAGGUGUUGGUUAACAUGGGUUAUGCUGCCAUUGAAAGUGUGGAGAAGAAUGAACCUACUCAAGCCCCCUUCCCAGAAGUGCCUUCCCUCAGUCCACCUGUUGUUGAGAAAAUGGAGUGGACUUGUGCUGAACUUCCGUUUGAUGGCCAGAAGGUGGAACUGGUAAUCAGUAGUCUAAAGAGCAUUGAUGAAUUCUACUGUUAUAACUACAGCAAAGCAGAUGCACAUAUCCUGACAGAGCUGUCCUAUGAGCUCAUGAAGCAUUGUGAAUUGGAGAGAUCUUCCUUUACCCCAACUGUGGGAAAACCGUGUUGUGCUCUCUUCACAGGAGAUGCCCGCUGGUACAGGGCCAUGAUAUUAGAAGUGUGUGGAGAGGGUAAGGCCAGAGUUUAUUUUGUGGACUAUGGGAACUCUUGUGAGGUGGAGGCAGCACAUCUAAAGGCCAUCACCCCAAGCCUGCUCAAACUGCCUUUCCAAGCAAUUCGCUGCUGGCUUGAAGGAGUGGAACCAGUGGAGGAUCAGUGGAAUAAAGAGGCAAUUCAUAAGUUUCAGGCUCUUUGUGCCGGUCAGCCGUUGGGUGGCAGAGUGCUGUCCAUCUCUGAGAAGGGUUAUGGGGUGGAGUUGGAAAGCGCCGGACAAAGCAUUGCUGCCAUGCUCAUCUCUGAGCACCUUGCUAAACCUUAUGAACAGGUGAAACAGCCUCCUGUGCAGCCAGAUAAACCAACCAGUCAGAUUGAGGAUCUGCCCACCCUUAAACCCAUUGAUCAGAGUCCACCGGCUGAAGAGCCUUUAAAAGUGAACAACAAGGGAGCUGCCAAUGACACAGAAGUUUCAACCUCAAUCGGCUCUUUUCCUUUGAACUGGAAAACAUUGGAGCUGUCUUGCACUGAUACUUUCCAACCAAGGGUGGCAGCGGUGAUCAGCCCUAGUCUUUUUUACAUGAUGAAUCCUGGACAAGUGAAUGUAGAGGGUCUGAAGGCUGUUAUGACUGAUGUUGCGAAGUACUGCAGCAAACAGCCAAUCCCCAAUCAGUGCCACCCUUUACCAGGAGCGGCUUGUUGUGCACAGUUCUCAGGUGACAAAAACUGGUACCGAGCUGUUGUGUUGGAGGUAACGAGCAAGCAUGCACAUGUAAUUUACGCCGAUUAUGGGAACAUGGAGACGGUCCCUGUCUCCAGUAUCCUUCCCAUCACCAAAGAACUUCUCCAACUUCCAUUCCAGAUCGUCAGAUGUGCACUGGCAGGUAAAGAGAACUUCCCUACAGUGUGGCCCAAUGAAGUUUUGGAACUAUUUGGGAUUCAGUUGAGUGGGGGCAUCCUGGCAUCUCUGCAUGGCUUUGAUGGGACCUCCAACUUGCUUACCCUUACCCAGCAGUCCGGUCAAACUAACAGGGACAUUAGUUCCAUUAUUAUUGGAGCUCUGCAGAAAGGACAGAGCAAGGCUAACUCAAAGCCGCCUGUCAUUGCUGUUGAGGAAAAAAAGGAUGUAGAUCAGCGGCAGACACAAACCGUCAGCUCAGUCGAGGCCACAGAUCAACCUCAAUCUGCACAUGUUGAGAAACCUGACCCUGAAGAUCAAGCCCCACCUCUAAGUACCAGCUACAGGCUUGAGAAACCAGAAAACCUGUCCAAGACUUCCAAUGCACCAAGACUGGAAUGCACGGAGCCGCACAAAAUUACAAGCACAAAGGACAGCAAUGUUCCUCAAUCAUGCUGCUGUCUUGAGUUGAAACAAAAGAUUGACCAUAUUGAGAAAUUGAUUCUUCUCCUCGUAAAACAAGCUGGUGGAACCAAAUAGUAACUUAUCAAGAUUUUCAGUGUCAAGUUCAAAAUGAAUAACCACUGCCCAGGACUUUUUCUUUUCUUCCAUCAGUGAAAUCUUGUUUUUGAGUUAAUGUAUCAGCAGUGUCAAACAUGCUUGUUGUCUCUGUUAGCACUUGAGAAAAUAGAUUUUAAACUCAGAGGCAUGAUUAUUUUAUUUUUCUUUUAUUGCACCAAUGUUAUUGCUAGUGUUGUUUUAUUAUAUACAAUGUUUAUUGCUUUUUUUCAGUGGAAAACCAUUAACCGUUAAUUAUGCAGCAUUGCCAUUCAGUUUUUUGACCAUCAAAGGCUAAUUUUGUUCAAGUGAGCCUUUUCAUGCAGAUUAAAAAUACUUGAGUUUGUUUGAA